CUUGGUUGCAGAUGAGCGCAGAAUUUAUAAGCGAGAGCAAGUGAAGUGGGGGGGUGGGGAGUCCUGGGCAGAAGAAGUACCCAGGCCAGGCGAAUUAUGCAUACGUUAGGCACACACUGAGAGAAUGGCUGUGGAAGCUAUCCAUUGCAGUCUGAAUCCAAAUGGUAUUGAUCACUCUGUCCAUGCAGAAGGUAUUAACCAGCAAAUUGAAGCUGAAGGCAUUGAAUCUCAAGCCGUUAAGAACAAAGCUACCCAGAAAUCGCCUGACCUGAAAGAAACACCCAAGCGACAACAGAUUGAGGCAGAGGCAUCUAAGUCUGGCACAGUGAAGCUGUCAAAACCAGUGGCUCUGUGGACCCAGCAGGAUGUCUGCAAAUGGCUGAAGAAACAUUGUCCAAAUCAGUAUCAGAUCUACAGUGAGUCAUUCAAACAGCAUGACAUAACUGGACGGGCACUGCUGAGACUCACUGACAAAAAGCUGGAACGAAUGGGGAUCGCCCAGGAGAAUCUCCGACAGCACAUCUUGCAGCAGGUGCUUCAGCUGAAGGUUCGAGAAGAAGUCAGGAACCUUCAGUUACUCACGCAAGAAGAAAGCCGGCUGCCUGGAUGAUGACUGCUCUAUAGGGAUGUGUUUAUACAUCAGCCUCAACAGAGGGUUCUCCAUAAUCAUGAUUAGCCUCUAAAGCUGCUGUCCUGCCAGUUGAUAUGAAAGUGGCCUCUCCCUCAUGAAAAGCCGAAAGAACGGCAGUGCCACAAGACGACCUUGGAGAAUUGAAAGAUUAACUGAGCUCCAACCACUCAGUCAAGAUGAUGGGUUUGGAAAAAUCCUAGUUUGCCAUGGAUUUAAAAUGUGGCACAUCAUCUCCAGUGCUAAUUUGUUCCAAGUGGUCAUUGACAGACCAUUAGCUGGGAAAUUGCUUCCAGUUUUCAUCACUGUGCAUAACUUGAGUUCCCUUCAGGGGACUCUCUGUGCCCUUCACUAGAAGUCCCAUUUUAGCAUGGCAACUACUGGAUUAUUUUAUUAUGUAUGCAGAUGGCAUGAUGUUUUAGGAACCAUUACGACAGUUCUGCGAUCUCAGUGGAAAUGUUCACAAUAUUACACCCUGAUAGGAAUGUGUAAACAUGUCUCAUAUCUGUUAGUUAUGCCGUCUAAAGGUAUUCCAUUCAAUUAUUAAGCACUUUAUAGGUGAGCUCUACACAGAAGAAUUAGCACGUUCUGUAUAUGUGAAGAAAAAAAACCAAGGUGUUCUUUUUUCUUUUUUUCCCCAAAAUCUUGUUCUGUUUCUAGGCUGAGAUUGUCCAAGACAAACUCCACUAUUUACAUAUCCUUUGUGGUUUGUGGUAUCUGGGUAUAGAUAUGGUCAUGGUACUGUUAGAUUUCAUCUUAUAACAUGUUAUUGAACAACUGUCUUGAUUUGAGCCAGGAAGAGAUAAGCACGGGGGUAGUAGGUGGACCAUGGUGAUUAUGAUAUUACCUAUGAUUUCCUUAUACUUAGAUGCCCUCAUGUUGCCCACAAAUAUGAACAUGCUUGUCUUUCCAUUGUGCCACUAUAAACUUUCUUCUAAUCAAUAGAAGCCAAGAUCUUGAAAACAAGGAGAGGGAUUCCAUUUUCGUCAGCAACCAUGGGUCAAUGAGUAGUAAAGGCAAGAGAAUUUGGUCAUGUCAUGGCUCUUGCUUGCUAUAAAAUGUUAUGGAAAGAGUGUCAGUGGAAAAGUUCACAACAUUAUAUCCUAUUAGGAAUGUGAACAUGGUUAGUGACAUGUUAUGAGCCUAACAUAGCAUCAUAGGUAGAACCUUCUAAGGCAAAAAAUACAAAGCAAGUGACCAAACUGUAUCCCACAAGAAAAAGAUGGGUAUCAGUCCCCAGUAAGAUUUCUUUUCCCAUAGACAACUUCUAACCAUCCCCCGGUUAGUCCUCUUUCUGCUAUUUUACCAUCAAUAUUGGGGGGGAAUUUUUUUAGUUUUAUUAGAACAGAACCCAGUGAUUUCUAUCCUUAGUCCCUCUUGAAGUGUCAGAGCCCACAUGGACCAGUCCUACUUAGCUGAUCCAAAUUUGGUUUCUGAAACCUAGUAUCACUAUUUGAACUGAGUCAAGAGUCCAGUAAAGUUUAUCUCCAAAGGUUGACGCAUGAGUCCUCACCAUCCCAGGCCUAGCUUAUGAAGCCUAGAAAGUGAUUUCUUUAAAACCACAUGUGAUAACUUGUAAUUGACUGGGCUCUUCCCCAAGUUUAGCAUCCAGAAAUAUCCUCAGACCCACAGGUUUCAUCUAGUUGACCAUCUUUCCAAGUCUUUGAAUCAGUUUAGCUCAUUGUACCUCUCUUGAAAACUCCCAGAAAAGGGGAAAGAGAGCCUCUUGAAACUCCAGUGAGUCAAAGGGGAGGAUGGAUAAACCUAAGUUUAUCAAGAGAGUGCUAAAGAAAGGACCCUACUGAGAAAUAACACCUAAGAUCCUACAGAUUCUCUUUCUCCCCCACCCUAAUCAUUCCCUAGCUAUUCCCCAAGUAAAUACCAAGAGAAGAAAGUAUGACUGCAGCUCCAAAAGAGAUUUGUUGGAGUGGCUUUGGGAAAAGCUGACUUGAAAUCUUUAUUCUUUACUCUAGGGCAGUGGUGGGGAACCUGCGACCUUGAGGCUACAUGUGGCCCUCUAGGUCUUCAAGUGCAAUCCUUUGAAUCCAAACU